GAUAAGGUUCCUCACACUCUGGACAAGGUUCUUCAUUCUAAGGAGAAGGUUCCUCAUUGUGAGGACAAGGUUCCUCAGUCUGAGGACAAGGUUUCACAGUCUCAGGACAAGGAUUCUCACUCUGAGGGCAAGGUUCCUCACUUUGAAGACAAUGUUCUUUACUCUGAGGACAAGGUUCUUUACCCUGAGGGCAAGGUUCAUCAAUCUCAGGACAAGGUUCCUCACACUGUAGACAAGGUUCCUCACUUUGCGGGCAAGGUUCUUCACUCUCAGGACAAGAUUCUUCACUCUGAGGACAAGGCUCUUUAUUCCGAGGACAAGAGUCCUGACUCUGAGGACAAGGGUCUUGACUCUGAGAAAAAGGUUCGUCACUCUGAAAACAAGGUUCCUCACUCUGAGGACAAGAUUCUUCAAUCUGAGGACAAGGUUUCUCACGCUGUGGAGAAGGUUCGUCUCUUUGAUGACAAGGUUCUUCAGUCUGAGGACAAAGUUCUUCACUCUGAGGGCAAGAUUCUUCACUCUGAGGAUAAGGUUCCUCACUCUGAGGGCAAGGUUCUUCAAUCUGAGGACAAGGUUCCUCACUUUGAGGACAAGGUUAUUUAA